UGGCCAGAGGGUGCCAUGGUGUUCAGGGAGUGACACAGGAUCCCAGCAGAGCCUUCCUCUCUCCUGUUUCAUAGAUGCUGCUGCUGCUGUUGCCCUUGCUCUGGGAGGGGUGCAUCUCCCAGAGACUGAAGGUGCAGUCCUCGGUGACUGUGCAGAAAGGGAUGUGUGCCCAUGUCCCCUGCACCUUCGAUGACGAUUCACUCUUACUCUAUGGCCAUGACCCAGUUUAUGGCUACUGGUUCAGAAAAGGAACUCACGUUAUAUAUGGCAGUCCCAUGGCCACCAAUGACCCAUUCCGGAGGGUGGAAGAGCAAGCCGAGGGAAGAUUCCAUCUUCUUGGGGAUCCCAGCAUGAACAAUUGCUCUCUGAGUAUCACAGAUGCCCAAUCCUCAGACACGGGGAAUUAUUUCUUCCGUUUUGAAAAAGGAUAUGAGAAAUACAGUUACAGAAAUCCGCUACUUUAUGUGACUGUGACAGACUUGAUCCAGAAACCAGACAUCUCUGUUCCAGAGAUGCUAGAGUCAGGGAACCCAGUGACUCUCAACUGUACAUUUCCAUGGACCUGUGGGGAAAACAGAUCCUUCAAAUUCUCCUGGAUGGGGGCUGCCUUGUCCUCCAAGCCAGAGAGCUCUGGGGUAUCCCACUCCUCAGAGAUCUCCUUCAUCCCUGGGCCCCAGCAUCAUGGCACCAACCUCACCUGUCAGGUGACCCUUCCUGGAGGCCGUUUGAACACAAAGAGAACCAUCCAACUCAAUGUAUCCUAUGCUGUGCAGAAUGUGUCCAUCACCGUCACCCAGGACAACAGGACAACAGUUUUCAACCCAGGAAACAGCUCAGCUCUUUUGGUGCAGGAGGGACAGUCCCUUCACCUGCUCUGUGCUGCCAACAGCUAUUCCCCAGCUACACUGAGCUGGAUCCUGAGGGACAAAACCCUGGCCUCUUCCCAGCCCUCAGAUGAUGGAGAACUGCACCUGUAUCUGCCCCACCUGGGGCCAGCAGAUGGAGGGAAAUACACCUGCCUUGCUCAGCAUCCUCUGGGCUCCAAGCGGUCAUCCCUGAACAUCUGUGUACAGUUCUCCUCUGCCAAGGAGAACAGCUCUUGGCCCCUGAUGCUCACACUGCUCAGGGGAGCCCUCAUGGGGGCUGGCUUUCUCCUCACCUAUGGCCUCACAUGGCUCUAUUAUACUUGGAAGCCUCUAGGGAAGGAACAGCCACCAGCUCCAGAAGUGGCCCAGUCAUCUCUCUGA